UGAUCAAUGGAAAGAGCCGAAGAUGUCGGCACGGUCAUAUGAUUAGCUGUGUCCAAUCACUGCUGAUCGCAUGGGACAUGUACACUGAUCAUCAGGGCACUGAUGAUCAGUGUGCCCUGAUGAUAAGUGUAGCCCCAGCAGUGCCACCUGUCAGUGCCCAUCAUAGCCAGCUGUCAGUGCUCAUCAAUGCCACCUGCCAGUGCCCAUCAGUGCCUCAUCAAUAACACAUAUUAGUGCCUACCAGUGCACAUCAAUGCCACAUAUCAGUGCCCAUCUGAACUGCAUUUCAGUGUCACCUAUCAGUGCCACCUAUCAAUGCCAGUCAGUGCCACCUAUCAGUGC